AACCCAUAAUUUUUUUCAAAAAUGAACCCAUAAUUUAAAAGCCCCUUAAAGUAGUAAAUCCAUUUAGAGAAUAAAAGCCCAUUCGGAGUAGUAGAGCCCCAUAUGGAGAAGUAGAUGCUGUUGUCGUUCAUUGCCGAGACAUCCAUAUUCCAUAGUUGCUGUUGUCGUUCAUUAGACCCAUCGAUCAUGUUGGCCUCCGCUACUUUCUCCGUCGAACUACCUCCGCAGCAUCAAGUUUUCAUGAAUUUUCGAGGGAAGCAAUUGCGGAAGGGUUUUGUCAGCCAUCUAGAGAAGGCCUUGAAAAGGGAUGGAAUCAACGCCUUUAUCGACGAAGAUGAAACUAGAGGUAAUGAUCUCAGCAUCCUCUUUUCCAGAAUUGAUGAGUCGAGGAUCGCGCUCGCGAUCUUCUCGAGCAUGUAUACGGAGUCAAAUUGGUGUUUAGACGAGCUGGUGAAAAUAAAGGAGUGCGUUGACUUGGGCAAACUUGUUGUAAUUCCCAUCUUCUACAAGGUGGAAACAGACGAUGUGAAAAAUCUAAAGGGAGUCUUUGGUGACAAGUUUUGGGAAUUGGUUAAGACAUGUAAUGGUGAAAAGCUCGAUAAGUGGAAAGAAGCUUUAAAGGUUGUCACAAACAAGAUGGGCUUCACGUUAGGCGAAAUGAGCAAUGAAGGUGAAUACGUUGAGAAAAUUGUAAGGCAAGUCAUAGAAGUGCUAUCUAAUGUUUCGACGGAUCUGAAAAGAGAAGUCCCCAUUGACGACCCUUCUGCAGGAGAAGGAGAAACGCCUGAAGCUGCUCCUGACUCGCUUCCUCAUCUGUUUGGCAUCAACACACGACUUCAGCAGUUGGAAGAGAAGUUAGAUUUUGAGUGCAAGAGUACGCUUAUUAUUGGUGUUGUUGGGAUGCCGGGUAUUGGUAAGACCACCCUGACGAGUAUGUUGUAUGAAAAUUGGCAAGGCGGGUUCCUAAGCCGUGCCUUUCUUCAUGAUGUCAGUCAAAUGUCGAAACGCUACACUAAACGGCAAAUGAGGAACAUUCUCAUGACGGAGUUGUUGAAGGAAGUUGACUUGAAGCAAAAAGUCGCUGACAUGUCGCCUAAAUCCUUGAAGGCACACCUGCUCAGUAUGAAAUCUCUUAUUGUUCUUGAUAAUGUGAGUGACAAGAAACAGAUCAAGGAUCUUCUCGAGGAAGAUGACUGGAUUAAGAUAGGUAGCAGAAUUAUUUUCACGACAAGCGACAUCUCAGUGAUCGAGGGGAUGGUCGAUGACACAUAUGAGGUCCAAAGAUUGACUGGCAGAGACAGCUUUGACUACUUCAGCCAUUUUGCCUUUAAUUUUAAACUUCCUACUCCGGAGGGUAAUUUCAUUAAUCUUUCUAGAUUGUUUGUGGAUUAUGCCAAAGGAAACCCAUUAGUUCUCAAGAUAUUGGGUGUCGAGCUUAGUGGAAAAAAAGAGAAAUACUGGACAGAUAAGCUUCGCGAGUUGGCAGAAAGUCCCAUUAAGAAGUUACAAGAUGUCUUGCGGAUUAGCUAUGAUGGACUAGGUCAGCUUCAAAAAGAUGUGUUUCUCGAUGUCGCGUGUUUCUUUAGAUCAGGGGAUGAUUAUUACGUGAGGUGUUUAGUGGAGUCUUGUGACACUGAGCCCAUUGAUGGUGUGAGUGAAAUAAAGGAUCUUGCCAGUAAAUUCUUGAUAAACAUUUCUGGCGGGCGAAUGGAGAUGCAUGAUUUACUGUAUACAUUUGGCAAGGAACUUGGUUCACAAUCACAAGGGUUGCGUAGGCUGUGGAACCAUAUACUCAUUGUUGGUGCGCUGAAGAAAAGAGCGGGAGCAGACAGUGUGAGAGGUAUUUUUCUCGACAUGUUUGAACUGAAGAAGGAACUUCCUUUGGAAAAAUGUACCUUCACUGAGAUGCGUAAUCUUAGGUACCUCAAAUUCUAUAGUUCUCGUUGUCAUCAGGAAGGCGAAGCUGACUGCAAAAUAAACUUCCCUGAGGGAGUUGAGUUUUCUUUGGAUGAAGUACGAUAUCUUUAUUGGCUAAAAUUCCCUUUGGAGAAACUUCCAAAAGACUUCAACCCCAAGAAUCUUACCGACCUUAACCUGCCUUACAGCGAGAUUGAAGAGGUCUGGGAGGGUCUUAAGGAUACACCAAAGUUGAAGUGGGUUGAUCUUAGCCACUCAAGCAAGUUAUGUAAUCUAACAGGGUUGCUAAAUGCUAAAAGUCUCCAAAGAUUGAAUCUUGAAGGCUGCACGAGUUUGGAGGAGUUGCCUAGUGAGAUGAAAAGUUUGGAGAACCUUGUUUUCCUCAACAUGAGAGGAUGCACGAGUCUCCGGGUUCUUCCGCAUAUGAAUCUGAUCUCUAUGAAAACUCUCAUCCUUACCAACUGCUCAAGCCUUGAGGAAUUCCAGGUGAUUUCAGAUAAUAUAGAAACUCUAUACUUAGAUGGAACUGCAAUUGUUCAACUUCCUCCAAACAUGGUGAAGCUCCAGAGACUGAUUGUAUUGAACUUGAAAGACUGCAAAAUGUUGAGGGCAGUUCCACAAUGCCUGGGGAGGCUGAAAGCUCUGCAAGAACUGGUGCUAUCUGGUUGUUCAACCCUCAAGACUUUUCCAGUUCCCAUUGAAAACAUGAAAUGUUUGCAGAUUUUAUUGCUGGACGGGACAGAAAUUAAAGAAAUCCCAAAGAUAUUGCAGUACAAUAGCUCAAAAGUGGAAGAUCUACGCGAAUUAAGACGUGGUGUGAAAGGCCUAUCCUCAUUGCGACGUCUAUGCUUAAGUAGGAAUGGUAUGAUCAGCAAUCUGCAAAUCGACAUCAGUCAGCUAUAUCAUCUGAAAUGGCUUGACCUGAAGUACUGCAAGAAUCUCACAUCAAUUUCAUUGCUUCCACCAAAUCUAGAGAUUUUAGAUGCACAUGGCUGCGAGAAACUGAAAACAGUUGCCUCCCCCAUGGCCCUUCCCAAGCUUAUGGAGCAGGUUCGGUCUAAAUUCAUUUUCACCAACUGCAACAAACUGGAACAAGUUGCAAAGAAUAGCAUCACAUUGUAUGCUCAAAGGAAAUGCCAGCUAGAUGCACUUAGAUGCUAUAAAGAGGGAACUGUUUCAGAAGCUUUGCUCAUCACUUGUUUUCCAGGAAGUGAAGUACCUUCAUGGUUCAACCAUCAAACAUUCGGAUCCAAACUAAAGCUUAAGUUCCCGCCACAUUGGUGUGACAACGGGCUUUCAACAUUAGUUUUAUGCGCUGUUGUCAAAUUCCCCCGGGAUGAAAUCAACCGUUUCUCAAUAGAUUGCACUUGUGAGUUCAAAAACGAGGUUGAGACAUGUAUACGUUUCAGUUGCACUCUUGGUGGAGGUUGGAUCGAAUCACGGAAGAUUGAUUCGGACCAUGUGUUUAUAGGUUACACCAGUUCCUCACACAUAACAAAACAUCUAGAAGGGUCAUUGAAGUCGCAAGAACAUCAUAAAUAUGUUCCUACUGAGGCUUCAAUCGAAUUUACAGUGAGACAUGGAGCAGGUGAGAUUGUGAAUUGUGGUUUAAGUUUGGUGUACGAGGAACCAAACCAUGUCGUUGUUGAAGGGAAUUGUAAUGGAACUUCUUCAAGAAGAGAGGUGUCCGUUGGAGAGAGCAUAUUGAGCUUUGCUGCUGGGUAUUUGUCCAAUGUUUUAAGGUUUAUGUGGCUAGGUGUUGUUUUCUUUAUGGUUUAUGGGUUUGCUAGAUUUUUUGUUAGAUAACUUGUUUUGUCACCAUUAAAUAUUACUUGAUUAUGUUUUAUACAUUAAAGAUUUAUCUUUUGAAAUUUGUUACUAA